AUGUCUCGUUCUGACACUGAUCUACUGGAUUCCUUGUCCGCCGAACUCACUCAGCGGUAUGCUCAAUAUGCUCCCGAGUUGGCAAACUUCCGCGAGGCCAUCGCGCAAAAUGACUCGAAGGACGAUAUUCAUUUUCUACAUAGCUUCCGAGAAUUUGUUCCUACCACAGACUAUGAGCCUCACAAACCAUACAUAGCAAAGUUUUUCGCGACCCAAUGCAAGAAGUCCGACGUAACAGACCUAUUCGCCCCAGGACUGCCCUACUGCUUAGCCAUGUCCAGCAUGACAUCUGGCAAAUCAUUAAAGAUGCUUCCAACAUACUGGCCCGCUCCGCACUUGUUGCACCACCCUCUAUAUCUGUGGCUUCCUCGUUCAGAGGGUAGUACCUUAUCACCAUCUUCUUUGAGUAUCGGGCAAGUCCUGAAAUUGUAUAGUGAGGGUGGUCAGAGCUCCAAGACGUUGCCGGUCUGCUCUUUAACCGUCGGUUUUCUCCGAAUGCAAAAGAAUUGGGACAUCGAGCAUGACAUGGACAGACUCAACUUGUGGGAUCCGUACGCGAUUUCCUUGUUGAAGGGCUUUCGUGCUUUCUUCCUUUUGAACGCGCUAUUUGCACUCGCUGACCGUCGGGUGACAACCAUCCGCGCCCUCUUCGCCAAUAAACAUUUUACUCCAAACCUUAUUCGUGCUGCCGAACUUCGCGAAAUUGGACCUCCUGGAAUCCAGGGAUGGGCCGUCCGUGUGUGGCCUGACUUUAAAAAGUUCAUCGGGAUCACUGGAGGCUCCGCUGCUGCAUCCGUUCCAAAGGCACCUCAAAUGUGGAAGGUUUACUAUGCAACUAACUGA